CCAUGACUGCUUCACCUCUCUCUAACCUCGUCUCUGUCAACACUCUGAAUGUCGCUCUUCUUGUGGUGACUGGUUUGAGUUGGAGCAGCCCCAUUAAGCCUGCAGAAAACCCGCGCAGGACGUCGUUUGGUGUUGAUGUGCACCCCCAGCCGCUUUUCAACACGCAGGACCUCCUUAGCCAGUUUCUGUCCACACUAAACCUCACCAGGCUGAGGUCUCAGACCCGGGCCCCCAGUGCUCCUCAGGAGCCACUGCCAGAGUUCAUGCUGGAGCUCUACAACCGAUUUACCAAUGACCACACGGCCCAGCCAUCUGCAAGCAUUGUACGCAGUUUCAAGAAUGAAGAUUCCUCUCCAUCCACUGUGAGAUCCAUGGGUGUAAGGAUUUACCCCCUCCUGUUCAAUAUCUCCACACCCCAUCACGAAAGCAUAACGGUAGCUGAGCUUCGCCUCUUCACUCUGAUCGGGAAGGCCCAGAAACCCCGUGCUGGCUUUGAUUGCAAGGUGACAAUCUACGAAAAGCACGAGGGUGUUGUUUGGACCAAAGAGGUGGGGAAAGAAGUGAGAGGGAGGGAUAAAGAGGAGGUGGUGGGGAUGGAGGACUUGGAGGAACUGGUGACAAAGCACAUCCACGUCAAAGAUAACAGCUGGGUGUCAUUUGACCUCACUCAUGCGGUUACACUUUGGAGGAAGUCAGGGCGAGCGGCUCACGCACUGGAGGUUCACGUUGCACGUCUGGGCUCACAGGAGGACAGAAGUCUGGUUGAGAUUGAUAUUGACAGGAACUUGAAGGGGCAGCACAACACAGUAUUGAUUGUAUUCUCAGACGAUCAAAGCAGAGAACACAAACAGCUGAUUAAACAUGAGAAUGACCUUAAGGCGAACGUGGGACAGAGCCAGCAUCCUUUCCAGGGGCACGCAUAUGACAAACAGUCAGUCACGGAGCUGCAGUCCGACCAUAUCUAUGACACGCCUCCUCGAAUCCGGCGCAGUGCUAAGAGCCAGUCGUGCAGGAGGACGCCUCUCUUUGUGGAUUUUAAAGACAUCGGCUGGGACAGUUGGAUAAUUCAGCCUCUGGGCUACGAAGCGUACAAGUGCAACGGCGUGUGCAACCCACCCAUGACCUCCGAGGUCUCUCCAACCAAUCAUGCCAUCGUGCAGACGCUGCUGAGCUUGCACAGUCCUGACAGAACAUCACGCGCCUGCUGUGUGCCCACAAAACUGGAGCCCAUCUCCCUCCUCUAUCAUGAUAAUGGAGUGAUCACUUUCAAUCACAAGUACGAGGGAAUGGUGGUAGCAGAGUGCGGCUGCAGAUAGUAUCUCAUAAUGAUAGAGACUGUGAGCUGAACAUCUAUUUAUCUAUAUUACAUACUUGGUUUGCUUUCACAGACAUGAAUCUAAUACAGUGGAGUUAGCUGUACAUUAGAGAUGAAGACAACAAUGUGAAUUAUCUAUUUUUGAUGAAAAAUAAGAACAUUUUGCAUGAUUUAGAACAGACAUUGUUCAUUGUGAAAAACUUAAUAAGGGUUUUACUUAAAUUCCCACUCCAAUCAUGUCUUGAUCUAUUUUAAAAGCGUUCCU